AUGGCUCCUCCAGUUUGGACCCUGAUGCUGCUGGUGGGGGCCGCCUGGGGCCAGGAACAAGUGCCUAACCCUGUGUGGAGACCGAACUCUCCAGACCUGGAGCAGAUAGUGCGCACUUCAAGAGAGGAUCCCAUUCUCUCCAAGUGUGACUUUGAAGACGAUUCCAGACCUUUCUGUGACUGGUCUCAAAUGUCUGCGGAUGACGGGGACUGGGUUCGGACUACUGGGCCCUCCCUGACUGGCACCUCUGGCCCCCCCGGGGGGUACCCCAAUGGGGAGGGGUAUUACCUGCACAUGGACCCCAACACCUUCCCUCGGGGCGGAGUGGCACGUCUGCGCAGCCCUGACAUAUGGGAACAAGGUCCCCUUUGCAUUCAUUUCGCCUUCCACAUGUUUGGGCUGUCAUGGGGCGCCCAGCUCAGACUGCUACUGCUCAGGGGCCGGAAGCAGCGCCGGCCCUACGUGCUCUGGAAACACGUGAACACCCAGAGUCCCUCUUGGAUGCCCACGACUGUCACUGUACCAGCGGAUCAUGAUAUACCAAGCUGGCUGAUGUUUGAAGGCAUGAGAGGAAACACGGCCUACCUGGACAUCUCUCUGGAUGGCCUCUCUAUCCAGCGGGGUACCUGCAAUCGGAUCUGCUUGUCCCAGAUGUGCACCUUUGAUACUCUAAAUGAUCUCUGCGGCUGGAGCUGGGUCCCAACUGCCACUGGGGCUAAGUGGACCCAGAAGAAGGGAUCAACGGGGAAGCCGGGUGUGGGACCUACUGAAGACUUCUCUAACCCUGGCAAUGGCUCGUACAUGCUCCUGGACUCUACGAAUGCAAGGCCGGGGCAGAAAGCUGUUCUUCUGAGUCCCCUGAGCCACUCCAGCGGCUGUCUGACCCUGUCUUUCUACUACAUAAUGCGCGGCCAGGGACAUGAAGAAGGCCUUUUUGUCUACGCUACGUUUUUGGGCAACAUUCGGAAACACUCCCUCUUCUCAGGACACCCUGGACCUGACUGGCAGCCUGUGUCUGUCAAUUACACAGGACAGGGACAGAUACAGUUCAUGGUGGUGGGCGUGUUUGGAAAUAACCCAGAGCCGGCAAUAGCCGUGGAUGCGGUCAGCAUUGCUCCCUGUGGGGAGAGCUUUCCGCAGUGCGACUUUGAAGACAGAACCCAUCCUUUCUGUGACUGGAACCAGGUGUAUGGAGACAUCGGACACUGGAGCUGGGGAAGUAAAAGCGUGCCUACCCCCAUCUCAGGGUCCCCAAGAGAGUUCCCCUACGGAGGGGAGCAUUACAUUUUCUUCGAUUCCGUCAAGUUAUCCCAGGAGGGGCAGUCUGCCAGAUUGGUGAGCCCACCGUUCUGCGCCCCUGGGGACAUCUGUGUGGAGUUCGCUUACCACAUGUACGGCCUUGGAAGGGGUACCACGCUGAAGCUCCUGCUGGGGAGCCCUGCGGGUAGUUCUCCUGUUCCUCUGUGGAACCAGGUUGGGUCUCAGAGCUCUGGCUGGGUGAACAGCUCUGUCACCAUCCCUAAGGGACACCAACAGCCCAUGCAGCUGUUUAUCGAGGCCACCCGGGGCACCAGCACCGCCUUUGUUGUCGCUCUGAACUUCAUCCUGAUCACUCACGGACCCUGUCGGGUAUUGCUGCAGACAGAGAUUCCUUCCAGUCCUCUGCUUCCACCUACUGGCCCUUCUGAACCUACUGUCCCUAUGCUUACCACCCCUACAGAAGCAACUACUGUUACCAUAGAAAUAUCCACCACUCCCACGGAAGAGGUCACCAUCCCCACAGAAGUGACCACCAUCCCCUCAGAAGUGACCAAUGUCUCUCCUGAAGAGACCAAUUUCCCCUCUGAGGAGACCAUCCCUACAGAAGUUAACACUGUAUCUCCUGAAGAGAUCAUUCUCCCCACAGAGCUGACCACUGUUCCCACAGAAGUAAUAGCUGCCCACAUGGAAGCGACCAAUGCCUCUUUUGAAGAGGCCAGUAUCCCCCUUGAGGAGCCAAUCCCUACAGAACUUACCACUCUUUAUCCUGAAGAGAUCAUUCUCCCAACAGAGUUAACCACUGUCCCCACAGAGGUGACCACUGUCCCCACAGAAGUGACCACAGUCCCCACUGGAGAGAUAACUCUCCCCACAGAAGUGCCCACUGUUCACACAGAAGUAACAGCUGCCCAUAUGGAAGCAACCAAUGCCUCUUCUGAAGAGACCAGUGUCCACCCUGAGGAGACCAUCCAUACAGAAGUUACCACUCUUUCUCCUGAAGAGACUAUUCUCCACACAGAAGUGCCCACUGUCCCCACAGAAGUGACCACAGUCCCCACUGGAGUGAUCACUCAUACCACAGAAGUGCUCACCGUAUCCACAGAAGUGACAGGUGUUCACACAGAAGUAACCACUGUCCCCACAGAAGUGACUGCAGUCCCCACUGGAGAGACCGCUCUCCCCACAGAAGUGUCCACUGUCCACACAGAAGUAACAGCUGCCCAUACGGAAACAACCAAUGUCUCUCCUGAUGAGACCAGUGUCCUCCCUGAGGAGACUAUCUCUACAGAAGCUACCACUGUUUCUCCUGAAGAGACCACUCUCCCCACAAACACCACUGUCCCCACAGAAGUGCCUACUGUCUCCACAGAAGUGACUAAUGUCUCUCCUGAAGAGACCAGUGUUCCUCCUGUAGAGCCCAUCCCUACAGAAAUAACCACUGUUUCUCCUGAAGAGACUGUUCUUCCCACAGAAGGGACCACUCUUCACACUGGGGAGACCACUGUCCUCACAGAAAUGCCCACUGUCUCUACAGAAGUGACAGGUGUUCACACAGAAGUGACCAGUGUGUCUCCUGAAGAGAAUAGCAUCCCUCCUGAGGAGACCACCACCCUGACAGAAGUGACCACUCCUCCUCCUGAAGAGACCACCACCCACACAGAAGUGACCACAGUUCCUCCUGUCAGCAUCUCUCUUGAGGAGACCACCACCCCUACAGAAGUGACCACUGUCCCUCCUCCUGAAGAGACCUCCAUCCAUACAGAAGUGACCAUUGUUCCUCCUGUCAGCAUCCCUCCAGAGACCACCACCCCUACAGAAGUGACUACUGCUCCUCCUGAAGAGACCACCACCCCUACAGAAGUGACCACUGUUCCUCCUCCUGAAGAGACCUCCAUCCAUACAGAAGUGACCAUUGUUCCUCCUGUCAGCAUCCCUCCUAAGGAGACCACCACCCCUACAGAAGUGACCUCUGUUCUUCUUGUCAGCAUCCCUCCUAAGGAGACCACCACCCUGACAGAAGUGACCACUGCCCCUCCUCCUGAAGAGACCACCACCCUGACAGAAGUGACCACUGUUCCUCCUGCCAGCAGCCCUCCUGAGGAGACUACUGUCUCUACAGAAGUGACCACUGUUCCUACAGAAGUGACCACUGUUCCUAUAGAAGUGAUCACUGUCCCUACAGAAGUAACCACUGUCCCUCCUGAAGAGACUACCAUUCCUUCUGAAGAGACCACCAUCUCCACUCACGAGACCUCUUUCCCUACAGAGCAAUCUACUGUCACUCAGACAUCCACAGCGUGUAGGCCACCCUGUCCGAGUCCUCUACUCAUGCCCAUUGGACCAAGCCUUUCAGAGCCACCAGGUGUCUCAGUGAUCAGCAUAGUCCCAACCACAGGUGUUUCCACCAUAGAGAGCUGCCCUCCCAAUGCCCACUUUGAAUUGUGUGCAUGCCCAGCAUCUUGUGAGAACCCCAAGCCCAGCUGCCAGCCCCCCUGCUUGCAUGGCUGUGUCUGCAAUCCUGGGUUCUUGUUUAGCAACAAUCAAUGUAUCAAUGAGUCUUCCUGCAAUUGCCCCUACAACAACAAGUACUAUAAGCCUGGGGAAGAAUGGUUCACUCCCAAUUGCACAGAGCGGUGCCGCUGCUUGCCAGGUAGCCUGAUGGAGUGCCAGAUCUCUCAGUGUGGGACGCACACAGUGUGCCAGCUGAGGAGUGGCCAGUACCAGUGUGAGCCCUACGGUAGUGCCACCUGCCUGGUCUAUGGAGACCUUCAUUUUGUCACCUUUGAUGAGAGGCACAUUGGCUUCACCGGGACAUGUACCUAUAUCUUGACCCAAACCUGCGACAACUCCACAGACCCCUUCUUUAAGAUAACAGCAAACACCCAAGAACGUGGAGUAGACGGUGUAUCCUGCUUAGACAAAGUUUUUAUCACUCUGCCAGAGACUACCGUUACCAUGAUCAGCGGCAGACACACACUGAUCGGGGAUCAGGAAGUCACCCUCCCAGCCAUACCGUCUGAUGACACCUAUGUGGGACUGAGUGGUCGAUUUGUGGAGCUGAGGACAACAUUUGGUUUGCGCGUGAGAUGGGACGGAGACCAGCAGCUUUUUGUGACUGUGCCCAGUACCUACUCGGGCAGAGUGUGUGGUUUAUGUGGGAACUAUGAUGGGGACAGCAGCAACGACAACCUGAAGUCAGACGGCAUGAUGACGCACGAUGAGGAGGAGCUGGGGCAGAGCUGGCAGGUGGAAGCGGAAGAGGACAAAGAGUGGGUCUCUUCCAGGUGUCAGAAGAAGAAGAAUCCCCCAGCUUGUGACCCUGCUUUGGGGAACACUAUGUCGGGACCCAAGUUAUGUGGACAGCUUGUCGACCCAAGUGGACCCUUUGAGGCCUGCCUGCUCCACCUGAAGGCCUCAUCCUUCCUGGAUAACUGUGUGACCGACAUGUGUAGCUUCCAGGGUCUGCAGCAGAAGCUCUGUGCUCAUAUGUCAGCCAUGACGGCCACCUGCCAGGAUGCGGGCUAUCCUGUGAGGCCCUGGAGGGGACCCCAGUUCUGCCCCUUGGUCUGCCCUAAAAACAGCAGGUACUCCCUAUGUGCCAAACCAUGCCCGGACACCUGCCAUCCCAGAUCUGCGACCCAGCACUGCUCGGACGAGUGUGUGGAAGGCUGUGAGUGCGACCCUGGCUUCGUCCUCAGUGGUUCCGAGUGUGUCCGGUCAUCCCGGUGUGGGUGCACCAGCCUCCAGGGGCGCUACUUCAAGGUACAGGAGCAGUGGUUCAAUCCAGACUGCAAGGAGAUCUGCACUUGUGAAAGACACAACAGUAUUGUCUGCAAGCCCUGGAAGUGUAAGGCUCAGGAAGCCUGCAGCCACAAGAAUGGCAUCUUAGGCUGCCACGCCCAAGGUGCAGCCACCUGCACUGUCUCUGGUGACCCCCACUACCUGACAUUUGAUGGAGCUUUGCACCAUUUUAUGGGCACCUGCACUUACGUACUGACACAGCCUUGCUGGUCCAAAUCUCAAGACAACAACUUUGUCGUGAGCGCCACCAAUGAGAUCCUCGAUGGCAACUUGGAAGUCUCCUAUGUCAAAGCUGUCCACGUGCAGGUCUUUGACCUCAAAAUCUCCCUGUUCAAAGGUCGAAAGGUUGUGUUGAACAACCAAAGAGUGGUGCUACCCGUGUGGCCUUCGAAAGGACGGGUGACAAUUAGGUUGAGUGGCAUCUUUGUCCUGCUCUACACGAACUUUGGGCUUCAAGUUCGAUAUGAUGGAAGGCAUCUGGUGGAGGUGACAGUGCCUUCCUCAUUUACCAGCAAACUCUGUGGGCUGUGUGGGAACUACAACAAUAACAGUAUGGAUGACAACCUGCGUGCAGACAUGAAGCCGGCAGUCAACUCACUUCUGCUGGGAGCUACUUGGAAAAUCCUUGAAGCCUCCGAUCCUGGCUGCUUCCUAGUCGGGGGCAGGCCCUCCAACUGCGCAGAGAGCGACAUGGACGACGCCUGGACUGAAAAAUGUGCCAUCUUGAUGAACCCCCUUGGGCCCUUCUCCAGUUGCCAUGAGGCGGUGCCCCCUCAGGCCAGCUUCUCCAGUUGUGUGUAUGGCCAGUGUGAGACCAACGGUGACAACCUAACCCUCUGCCACUCCCUGCAGGCCUACGCAUCUCUGUGUGCCCUGGCUGGCCAGGUGACUCCCUGGCGCAACAGCACCUUCUGCCCUCUGAGGUGCCCACCCAGGAGCAGCUACAACCCAUGUGCCAACUCCUGCCCAGCCACCUGCCUUACCCUAAGCACCCCAAGAGACUGUCCAACGCUGCCCUGCGUAGAGGGCUGUGAAUGCCAGAGUGGCCACAUCCUGAGUGGAACCACCUGUGUGCCCCUCAGACAGUGUGGCUGCAGUGACCAGGACGGCUCCUAUCACCUGUUGGGGGAGAGCUGGUACCCAGAGAAGACCUGCACCACGCUCUGCACAUGCUCAGUCCACAGCAACAUCACCUGCAGCCCAACGUCCUGUAAGGCCAACCAAGUGUGUUUGCGCCAGGAAGGGCUGCUCCGCUGCGCUGAUGAGAUGGGAGACUGUCAUAUCUCAGAGGAUUCCCAGAUCGUGAGCUUCGACGAUCAUAGCCAUCCUAUCCAAGACCCAUGUACCUACAUCUUGGUCAAAGUGUGCCACCCCGACAUGAACCUGCCUUUCUUCAUGAUCAGCGGGAAGACCAAUGUGAACGCCAACGGCAGGAGCGGGGCUGUGGGCAUCUAUCAGCUGUACAUCGACAUCUUCAACUUCCACAUCACUCUCCAGAAAGACCAUUUAGUCCUCAUAAGCUUGAUCAAUAACUCAAUGGUCAGCCUUCCCGCCACCACCCAGAUCCCUGGAGUCAGUGUCAUGACUGAAGACGUCUACACCAUUGUCACAAUUAAGGAUGAAAUUCAAGUCAAGUUUGAGAGCAAUAAUUUCUUAGAUGUCAAGAUCCCUGCAUCCUCUAAUGGGAAGGUCUGCGGUGUGUGUGGCAAUUUCAAUGGUGAAGAAGAGGAUGAGCUCAUGACACCCAGUGAUGAAUUAGCUGAGGAUGAGCAGGAGUUCUUGAACAGCUGGAAAGAUAAGAGCAUUGACCCAAAUUGCCAGAAAAUUGAAGAGCAGAUCAUGCAAGUGCAGCAGCAGGAGAUCAUGAAUGGAAACUGCAGGCCCGCUGACUUUGAGGAAGCCCAGGUCAACUGCCAGGCUGCCCUCCAGGGCCCCGCCUGGGCCCACUGCUCCUCCCGGGUACCCGUCAGGCCCUUCUUGCUGAAGUGCAUGAACAGCUUCUGUGAAUUCACAGAACUCUUCCGUGCUCUCUGUGAGUCUCUGCAGUCCUUCGAAGAUGCCUGCCAGGACCAGGGUCUUAAGCCGCCUAUCUGGAGGAACAGCAGCUUCUGCCCUCUGGAGUGCCCAGCUCACAGUCACUACACAAACUGCCUUCCCUCCUGUCCACCUUCCUGCUUGGACCCAGACAGCCGCUGUGAGGGCUCUGGCCACAAAGUCCCCGCCACCUGCAAGGAGGGCUGCAUCUGUCAACCCGGUUAUGUGCUGAAUAAUGACAAGUGUGUGCUCAAAACUCACUGUGGCUGCAAAGACCGUCAGGAGGUCUUCGUCCCGGCAGGCAAGACUUGGAUAUCCGAAGACUGUACCCAGAGCUGUACUUGCACGAAAGGGACCACGAAGUGCCGGGAUUUCCAGUGUCCCCCAGGGACGUAUUGCAAGAAGAGCAGUGAUGGCAGCAGCACCUGUGUCAAAAUCUCUCUGCAGUGCCCGGCCCACAGCCAGUUCACAGACUGCCUUCCCCCCUGUCUGCCUUCCUGCUCUGACCCGGAAGGCCACUGUGAGGGCCUCAGCACCAAAGCCCAUUCUAACUGCAAAGAAGGCUGCGUGUGCCAACCUGGCUAUGUGCUGCAUAGCGACAAGUGUGUGCUCAAAAUUGAGUGUGGCUGCCAAGACACCCAGGGUGACUUCAUCCCUGCAGGCAAGAAAUGGACCUCCAGAGGCUGUUCCCAGAGCUGUAACUGCGUGGAAGGGAUUAUUCACUGCCAGAGUUUCCAGUGUCCCUCGGGGACUUACUGCCAGGACAUUGAGGAUGGCACCAGUAACUGUGCCAGCAUCACCCUGCAGUGCCCGGCCCAUAGCAGCUUCACCAACUGCCUACCUUCUUGUCAGCCAUCCUGCUCCGACCCAGAAGGCCACUGUGAGGGCUCCACCACCAAAGCCCCCUCCACCUGCAGGGAGGGCUGCGUCUGUGAGCCUGACUAUGUGCUGCUUGGUCACAAGUGUGUGCCCAGAAUCGAGUGUGGCUGCAAAGACGCCCAGGGUGUCCUCAUCCCCGCUCACAAGACCUGGAUCAACAAAGGCUGCACACAGGUCUGUACCUGUGUGAAAGGGACCAUCCACUGCAGGAACUUCCAGUGUCCCUCGGGGACCUACUGCAAGGACAUCGAGGAUGACACUAGUAACUGCACCAAAAUCACUGUGCAGUGCCCGGCCCGCAGCCUCUACACCCACUGCCUUCCCUCCUGCCUGCCUUCCUGCUCGGACCCAGAUGGCCUCUGUAGAGGCGCCAGCCCCCAGGCCCCCUCCUGCAGGGAGGGCUGCUUCUGUGAACCUGGCUACGUGCUGAGUCACGACAAGUGUGUGCUCAGAAUCGAGUGUGGCUGCAAAGACGCCCAGGGUGUCCUCAUCCCCGCAGAUAAGACCUGGAUCAACAGAGGCUGUACUCAGACCUGUACCUGCACGGGAGGGGCCAUCCAGUGCAGGAAUUUCCAGUGUCCCUCAGCGACCUACUGCAAGGCCCUCGAGGAUGGCAACAGUAACUGCACCAAAAUCCCUCUCCAGUGCCCAGCCCACAGCCACUACUCCCACUGCCUUCCAUCCUGUCAGCCUUCCUGCUCGGACCCUGAAGGCCACUGUGAGGGUUCCACCACCAAAGCCCCCUCCACCUGCAGGGAGGGCUGUGUCUGUGAACCUGGCUACGUGCUGAGUCACAACAAGUGUGUGCUCAGAAUCGAGUGUGGCUGCAAAGAUGCCCAGGGUGUCCUCAUCCCCGCAGACAAGACCUGGAUCAACAGAGGCUGUACUCAGAGCUGCGCCUGCAAGGGGGGGGCCAUCCAGUGCCAGAAAUAUCACUGUCCCUCAGGGACUUACUGCAAAGACAUGAAGGAUGACAACAGUAGCUGCGCCACAAUCACCCUGCAGUGCCCGGCCCAUAGCAGCUUCACCAACUGCCUACCUUCUUGUCAGCCGUCCUGCUCCGACCCAGAAGGCCACUGUGAGGGCUCCACCACCAAAGCCCCCUCCACCUGCAGGGAGGGCUGCGUCUGUGAGCCUGACUAUGUGCUGCUUGGUCACAAGUGUGUGCCCAGAAUCGAGUGUGGCUGCAAAGAUGCUCAGGGUGUCCUCAUCCCCGCAGAUAAGACCUGGAUCAACAGAGGCUGUACUCAGACCUGUACCUGCAUGGGAGGGGCCAUCCAGUGCAGAAAUUUCCAGUGUCCCUCAGCGACCUACUGCGAGGCCCUCGAGGAUGGCAACAGUAACUGCACCAAAAUCCACCUGCAGUGCCCAGCCAACAGCAACUUCACCAACUGCCUUCCUUCUUGUCAGCCGUCCUGCUCUAAUAUGGAUGUCCGCUGUGAGGAAUCCAGCCCCAAAGCCCUCUCCACCUGCAAGGAGGGCUGUGUCUGUCAGUCUGGCUACGUGCUGAGUAACCACAAGUGUAUACUCAGAAAUCAGUGCGGCUGCAAAGAUGCCCAGGGUGCGCUCAUCCCAGAAGGCAAAGCCUGGGUCACCAGCGGCUGUUCUCAGAGAUGUAACUGCACGGGAGGGGCCAUCCAGUGCCAGAGUUUCCAGUGUCCCUCGGGGACUUACUGCAAGGACCUCGAGGAUGGCACCAGUAACUGCACCAUUAUCCCUCUGCAGUGCCCGGCCCACAGCUACUACACCAACUGCCUUCCGUCCUGUCCACCCUCAUGCUUGGACCCAGAAGGCCUCUGUGAGGGCACCAGCCCUAAAGUCCCCUCCACCUGCAAGGAGGGCUGCCUCUGCCAUCCUGGCUACCUGAUGCACAAAGACAAGUGUGUGCUCAGAAUUUUCUGUGGCUGCAAAAACACCCAAGGUGCUUUCAUCUCGGCAGACAAGACGUGGAUCUCCAUGGGCUGCACCCAGGCCUGCACCUGCUCAGCAGGAGCCAUCCACUGCAGGAAUUUCAAGUGUCCCUCAGGGACCUACUGCAAGAACGGGGAUAAUGGCAGCCCUAACUGCACCAAUAUCACUCUGCACUGCCCAACCAACAGUCAGUUCACGGACUGCCUUCCCUCCUGUCUGCCUUCUUGCUCCAACCGCUGUGAGGUCACCAGCCCCAGCGUCCCCUCCAGCUGCAAGGAGGGGUGUCUCUGCAACCAUGGCUUUGUGUUCAGCGAGGACAAAUGUGUGCCCAGAACUCAGUGCAGCUGUAAAGAUGCCCGGGGCGCCAUCAUUCCGGCAGGCCAGACCUGGACCUCCAAAGGCUGCACCCAGAGCUGUGCCUGUGUGGAAGGCAAUAUCCACUGCCAGGAUUCCCAGUGUCCCCCAGAGACCUACUGCAAGGACAACGGUGAUGGCAGCAGUGCCUGCACCAAAAUCACUCUCCGGUGCCCAGCCCACACCCAGUACACCAGCUGCCUCCCCUCCUGCCUGCCUUCCUGCUUGGACCCAGAAGGCCUCUGCAAAGAUAUCAGCCCUAAAGUCCCCACCACCUGCAAGGAGGGAUGCAUGUGCCAACCUGGCUAUGUGCUGAACAGUGACAAGUGUGUGCUCAGGGUUGAGUGUGGCUGCAAAGAUACCCAGGGUGCUCUCAUCCCGGCUGGCAAGACCUGGACCUCCCCGGGCUGUACCCAGAGCUGUGCCUGCAUGGGAGGGGCUGUGCAGUGCCAGAACUCCCAGUGUCCCCGAGGGACGUACUGCAAGGACAGUAGUGAUGGCAGCAGUGCCUGUGUCAAAAUAACUCUGCAGUGCCCGGCCCACAGCCAGUUCACAGACUGCCUUCCCCCCUGUCUGCCUUCCUGCUUGGACCCGGAUGGCCUGUGUAAGGGAGCCAGUCCCAAAGUCCCCUCCAGCUGCAAGGAGGGCUGUGUCUGUCAGUCUGGCUACGUGCUGAGUAACAACAAGUGUCUACUCAGAAAUGAGUGUGGCUGCAAAGAUGCCGGGGGCACGCUCAUCCCAGAAAACACGUCCUGGGUGUCCAGAGGCUGCACCCAGAGCUGCAUCUGCACAGGGGCAGCCAUCCAGUGCCUGAGUUUCCGGUGUCCCCCUGAGACGUACUGCAGGGACAAUGAGGAUGGCAGCAGUAGCUGUGCCAAAAUCAGUCUGCAGUGUCCAGCCAAUAGCCACUACACCGACUGCUCCCCACCCUGUCCGCCUUCCUGCUUGGACCCAAAGGGCCGCUGUGAAGGCACUGGCCCCAGAGUCCCCUCCACUUGCAAGGAAGGCUGCCUCUGCCACCCUGGCUUUGUGCUUGAUCAGGACAAGUGUGUGCCCAGACUUGAGUGUGGCUGCAAAGAUUCCCAGGGUGCUGUCAUCCCUGCUGGCAAGACCUGGACCUCCCCGGGCUGCACCCAGAGCUGUGCCUGCAUGGGAGGGGCUGUACAGUGCCAGAACUCCCAGUGUCCCCCAGGGACGUACUGCAAGGACAAUGAAGAUGGCAGUAGUAACUGUGCCAAAAUCACUCUGCACUGCCCUGCCCACAGCAACUACACCGACUGCCUUCCCAUCUGUGUCCCCUCCUGCUCGGACCCCAAUGCCCUCUGCGGGGGCACCAGCCCUAAAGUCCCCUCUACCUGCAAGGAGGGCUGCAUCUGUGAACCUGGCUACGUGCUGGAUAAAGACAAGUGUGUUCCUAAAACUGAGUGUGGCUGCACAGACACCCAGGGUGCUGUGGUUCCGGCUGGCAAGGCCUGGCUCUCCACAGGCUGUACCCAGAGCUGCACUUGCAUGGAAGGGGCCAUUCAGUGCCAGAAUUUCCAGUGUCCCUCGGGAACAUACUGCAACAGCAGCAAUAACUGUGCUAAAAUACCUCUGCAGUGCCCAGCCCACAGCCACUUCACCGGCUGCCUUCCCUCCUGCCCACCUUCCUGUUUCAACCUGGAUGGCCGCUGUGAGCAGACCAGCCCCGAAGUCCCUUCCACCUGCAGGGAGGGCUGCCUCUGUCAACCUGGCUACUUCCUGAAUAAUGGCAAGUGUGUGCUCCAAAUUUACUGUGACUGCAAAAAUGCUGAGGGCGGCCUCGUUCGGGCUGGCAAGACCUGGACCUCCAAGGACUGCACCCAGAGCUGUUCCUGCACAGGAGGAACUGUUCAGUGCCAGAACUUCCAGUGUCCCUCAGGGACGUACUGCAAGGAGAGCGGUGACGGCAGCAGUAACUGCACCAAAAUCUGUAAGGGAGCCUUGGGGGCAGAGAGGGGCGGUGUGGCUCGGUCUCUGCAGUGCCCUGCUCACAGCCAGUUCACCACCUGCCUUCCCUCCUGCCCGCCUUCCUGUUCCAACCUGGAUGGCAGCUGUGUGGAAUCCAACUUCAAAGCCCCCGCCAUCUGCAAGGAGGGCUGUCUCUGUCAACCCGGCUACUUGUUAAAUGAUAACAAGUGUGUGCUCCGAAUUCAGUGUGGCUGCAAGGGCGCCCAGGGUGGCCUCAUUCCCGCAGGCAGGACCUGGGUCUCCAGCGGCUGCACUAAGAACUGUGCCUGCAUGGGAGGCACCAUCCAGUGCAGGAAUUUCCAGUGUCCCCUGGGAACUUACUGCAAGGACAAUGGCGAUGGCAGCAGUAGCUGUGCCAAAAUCACUCUGCAAUGUCCCGCCCACAGCCGCUACACAAACUGCCUUCCCGCAUGCCAGCCUUCCUGCUCUGAUCUGGAUGGCCACUGUGAGGGCACCACUCCCAAAGCCCCAUCUCCCUGCAAGGAGGGCUGCCUCUGUCAACCUGGCUACGUGGUGCAUAGUCACAAGUGUGUGCUCCAGAUUCACUGUGACUGCAAAGACGCCCAGGGUGGCUUCAUCCCGGCAGGCAAGACCUGGAUCUCCAGUGGCUGCACCCAGAGCUGCACCUGCGUGGGAGGGGCUGUCCAGUGUCACAACUUCACCUGCCCCCCAGGGACUCAGUGCUGGAACAGUAACUGUUCCAAAAUCACUGUGCAGUGCCCGGCCCACAGCCACUACACCGCCUGCCUUCCCUCAUGCCUGCCAUCCUGCUUUGACCCAGAAGGCCUGUGUGGGGGCACCAGCCCAAGAGCCCUCACCACCUGCAAGGAGGGCUGUGUCUGUGAGCCUGGCUAUGUGCUCAAUGAGGACAAGUGUGUGCCCAGAAUUCAGUGUGGCUGCAAAGAUGCCCAGGGUGAUCUCAUCCCGGUGAACAAGACCUGGCUCACCAGAGGCUGCACCCAAAACUGUACCUGCAAAGGAGGGGACGUUCAUUGCCAGAAUUUCAAGUGUCCCUUGGGGACUGAAUGCAAGGACAGUGUUGAUGGCAGCAGUAACUGUGCCAAAAUUGCUCUGAAAUGCCCAGCCCACAGCCAGCACACCGACUGCCUUCCCUCCUGCAUCCCAUCCUGCGCCAACGCCAAUGACCGCUGUGAGGUCACCAGCCGAAAAAGCCCCUCUACCUGCAUAGAAGGCUGCCUCUGCCAGUCGGGAUUUGUGUUCAGUAAGGACAAGUGCAUACCCAGAGCUCAGUGUAGCUGCAAAGACUCCCAGGGUACCCUCAUUCCGGCAGGUAAGAACUGGAUUGCCACCGGCUGUGGCCAGACGUGUACCUGCACAGGAGGACUUGUUCAGUGCCACGACUUUGAGUGCCCCUCAGGAACCGAGUGCCAGGACAUUGAAGAUGGCAACAGUAACUGUGUUGAAAUCACUGUGCAGUGCCCGGCCCACAGUCACUACUCCAAAUGCCUUCCCUCCUGCUUGCCUUCCUGCUCGGACCCAGACGGCCUCUGCGGGGGCACCAGCCCCCAACCCCCCUCCACCUGCAAGGAGGGCUGUGUCUGUGAAACUGGCUACGUGCUGAGUAACAACAAGUGUGUGCUCAGCAGUGACUGUGGCUGCAAAGAUGUCCAUGGCGUGCUCAUCCCCGAAGGCAAGACAUGGGUCUCCAGGGGUUGUACCAAGAACUGCACCUGCAACGGAGGGACUGUUCAGUGUCAUGACUUAAGAUGCCCAACAGGGUCCCGUUGCAAGGACAAUAAAGAUGGCAACAGUAACUGUGUCUCCUACGCUCUGAAAUGCCCAGCCCACAGCAUCUACACCGACUGCCUUCCCUCCUGCCUCCCCUCCUGCUCGGACCCAGAGGGCCUCUGUGGGGGCACCAGCCCUGAAGUUCCCUCCACCUGCAAGGAGGGCUGCUUCUGCCGAUCUGGCUAUGUGCUGCAUAAAAACAAAUGUAUGCUUAGAAGUCACUGUGACUGCAAAGACUUCCAGGGUAGCCUCAUCCAGACCGGCCAGACGUGGAUCUCCUCUGGGUGUUCCAAGAUUUGUGCAUGCAAGGGAGGGUUCUUUCAGUGCCAAAGUUACCAAUGCCCCUCGGGGACCCAGUGCGAGGACGGCGAAGAUGGCAGCAGUAACUGUGUCUCCAGCACUGUGCAGUGCCCAGCCAACAGCCUCUACACCCACUGCCUUCCCUCCUGUCUGCCUUCCUGCUCCAACCCCGAUGGCCGCUGCGAGGGCACCAGCAGCAAAGCCCCCACCACCUGCAGGGAGGGCUGCGUCUGUCGGCCUGGCUACCUGCUCAAUGAGGACACGUGUGUGCUCAAAGACCAGUGUGGCUGUAAAGAUAUCAGGGGCGACGUCGUCCCAGCAGGCAAAGCCUGGCUCUCCAGUGACUGCACCCAGAGUUGUGCCUGCACGGAUGGGGUCAUCCAGUGCCAGAAUUUCGUCUGCCCGUCGGGGUCCCAUUGCCAGCACAAAGAGGACGGCAGCAGUGACUGUGCAGCAAACAAACUGGAAAAAUGUACCAUCUUUGGGGACCCGUAUUACCACACGUUUGAUGGCUUCACUUACCACUUCCUGGGCCGUAUGAACUACUAUCUCAUAAAGACAGUGGACAAGCUCCCUAAAGAGAUGGAGCCCCUGACUGUGGAGGGGCGCAACAAGCUGUCCCCCAAAGGGAGCUCAACCUUGCACGAAGUGACCUCCAUCGUCUAUGGCUAUAAAAUCCAGCUCCAAGAAGACCUGGUGGUUUUGGUCAACGAUGAAAGGGUGGCGAUCCCCUACAGUCCAAGCAAGCACCUGAGGGUCGUGCUGCGGGCUCAGCGGCUGCUUCUCGUCACUGACUUUGAAAUGGUGGUGGACUUUGACGGAAAGCACAGUGCAGUGAUCUCCCUGCCUACCACAUACCGUGGGCUGAUACGGGGCCUGUGUGGGAACUAUGACAAGGACCAAGCCAAUGAAUUCAUGUUGCCCAGUGGAGAGGUCACCUCCAAUGUCAAUGUCUUUGGCAAGAGUUGGGAGGUGAAGGUGGUGCAUGCCUUCUUCCGAUUCCCAAGGGCCCUUCCAGAAGAAGAGGGAAGAGACGAAGAGCCUGGCCUUCUCCAGUCAGAAUGCAGCCCAGAGCAGCCUGCGCUCCUCAGCAGCACCCAGGCCUGUGGGGUGCUUGCGGACCCCCAGGGCCCCUUUGCUGCAUGUCACCCAAUUAUAGCCCCAGAACCCUUCGAGCAGCGCUGUAUGUCGGAUAUGUGCACUGGCUGGAAGACCAAAGAAGAAGAGGCGCUUCGAUGUCGCGUCCUCAGUGGAUAUGCCAUCAUCUGCCAGGAGGCAGGUGCCAACAUGACUGGUUGGCGGGACCAGACACACUGUGCCAUGGCAUGUCCUGCCAAUACUGUGUACCAGAGCUGCAUGACACCCUGCCCAGCGUCCUGUGCCAAAUUUGUGACCCCCAAGGUCUGUGAAGGCCCCUGCGUGGAAGGCUGUGCCAGCCUCCCAGGGUACAUUUACAGUGACACGCAGAGCCUCCCAGUGACGCACUGCGGCUGCACCACCGGUGGCAUCUAUUACAAGCUAGGUGACAGCUUUGUAACUGGCGACUGCUCCCAGCACUGUACCUGCGCCAGCCAGGGGAUCCUGCUGUGUGAGCCCUAUGGCUGCAGAACUGGAGAGUCCUGCAUGGUGGCCAACUUUACUCGAGGCUGCUUCCAGGACAGCCCGUGUCUGCAGAACCCCUGUCACAAUGAUGGCCGGUGUGAGGAGCAGGGGGCCACCUUCAUCUGCCACUGUGACUUUGGUUAUGGAGGACAAUUCUGCACAGAGCCUCAAGAUAUCACAACCAGAAAAAAGCUAGAAUCGUCCAGCUUAAUGGCCAUCCUGCCAGGAGUGCUCGUGAUGGUGUUAGUGCCUGUCUUACUGCCCAGAGUGUAUGUUUACAUGACGACAAGAACUACCUUGGCUAGGAGGAGGAGAUGGGAGAAACUGUUGAGGCGAAGUAGGCUUAGGCAGGAGGACACAGAUGUUCCAGAGCCUACCUUCAAAGCCACCGAGUUCUGAGCUAUCCCCAAACAGAGA